AUUCCUGCGUGGUGCACGAUUCGCGUAUACCCUAUCAGAGAAGCAGAGCCCACAAAGAACACUCUGCCCACACCAUUCACAGCUCGCAUCGCACGCGGCGCAACCAAUACGCCAUUCCACCGGAGCAGCCGGGAGCGCGGAGGCCAUGGCGAUGUGGGUGUUCGGGUACGGGUCCCUGGUCUGGAACCCCGGCUUCGCGCACGACGCCCGCCUCGUCGGCUUCGUCAGGGACUACCGCCGCGUCUUCUACCAGGGGAGCACGGACCACAGGGGCACGCCGGAGUUCCCCGGGAGGACCGUCACGCUCGAGCACCAGCCCGGCGCCACAUGCUGGGGUGUUGCUUACAAAAUUUCAACGGAACAAGAUAAGCAGACAGCUCUGGAGCAUCUGGAAGUAAGAGAGAAGCAAUAUGAUGAGAAGAUUUACCUUGAUUUGUAUAUGGACUCCUCACCAAAAACACCAGCCGUCAAAAAUGUGAUGGUAUACUUAGCCACAACAAACAAGCAGAGCAACCAAAACUACCUUGGUCCUGCACCGCUGGAAGAAAUGGCCAAGCAAAUUUACCUAGCUGAAGGCCCAUCUGGACCUAACAAAGAGUACCUGUUCAAACUUGAGGAUGCAUUGAACAAAAUAGGAGUUGUUGAUCCACAUGUCCAGGAUCUGGCAAAUGCUGUGCGCAAGUAUCCAGACACUGCGGUAUCUUGCUGAAGGAUGGCAUUUCCCUCCUCUUUGGGAGGGUAAAAAUAUAACUGAAGGAAGUUAGAUCAAUUCAUGCUCAAACAUCUUGAAUCUUGUAAAUGUGGACAGCUUCUGCCGAUAUUCUUGUCCAUCUGUAGAUGGCAGUAGAAAAUUCGCAAUAAGGAUUUAAGUUGGGGGUAUGAAAACUGCCACAUUACUGCGUUGGGAAUCAAACCCUUCUUUUUUACUUUCAAAACAAGAUUGUUCUCUACUUCUCUUAUAUUGAAGCAUAAUCACUGUGCAUGGUCUAGUUAGCUGCAGCCUGCAGGCUUGGUCACUCGACCAUGCUUUGUCGUAUAAAAUGUUUUAUGAUUCAAGCUAA